AUGAAUGAAUUACCUUUCAAGUUAGUCGGCAUGACGUAUGAUGAGUUGUUGCACGAGAUCGAAAAUUUGGACGCAGAUCCUAUACCUUCUGAUUCUGAAUCAAUUGUGGAUGUAUCUGAAGAUGAAUAUGAAAUUACAGAAAGAACCAAUGCUGAUUUGAAUAUAGCAGACACCGAUAGCGAUUCAGACGACGAACCACUUGCAGUUUUACAAGUACGGUUACGUGUACUAUCCAGUACCAGAGAUUGGUCAACCAGUACAUCACCAAAAAGCCCUGAAGAUUUUGUUGCCGAUUCUGGAAUCACAAAUAUAGUGAAGGAUUUAGAGUCACCCACACCUGGGAAAUUAUUUCAGCUGUUUUUUGACGAUGAUCUGUUAGAUUUAACUGUGUUUGAGACAAAUUUGUAUAGUCAGCAAACAUCUAUCAAACCCAAAACCACAAACCGCACGGAAAUCAAAACUUUUCUAGGUAUCAAUUUACUAAUGGGGCUGAAGAAAUCACCCAACUAUAGAGAUUACUGGAGUAGUUCCCCGGAAUUUCGCGACUCGUAUAUAAGCUCCUUGAUGCCUGUAAAAUGA